GCGUGGUGCGCAGCGUCGACCUUUUACGGCUGGCGAGCCCACGCACGUGCCGUGGCUGGCCUGAGACUUUGGGGUGUUUCAGGCGGGUUGGGCUGUAAGGACGCGAGCUGAGCUGUACCCCGAGUCAGGGAAGCCGGCUGGGAAAUAACCAACUCUGAACCUGCGCGGGCCGCUCUGUUGCGCUAGUUCUUCGCUCCGGGCCGGCUGUCAUGUGGGCUUCCCUGAGGUUAGCCCUGCGGCCGUGCGCCCGCGCCCUUGUCCCCGGGCCGCGCGCUUAUCACGGGGACUCGGUGGCCACACUGGGUACCCAGCCGGACUCGGGUUCUGCAAUCUACCAGGAAAACUAUGAACAGAUGAAAGUACUUGUAAAUCAGCUCCAUGAACGAGCACAGAAAAUAAGAUUAGGAGGCAGUGAGAAAGCCCGAGAACGCCACGUAUCAAGAGGAAAACUUUUAGCCAGAGAAAGAGUGGACAGUCUUAUAGACCCAGGGUCUCCAUUUCUGGAAUUUUCCCAGUUUGCAGGUUACCAGUUAUAUGCUAAUGAGGAGGUGCCUGCUGGUGGCAUUAUUACAGGCAUUGGGAGAGUAUCAGGAGUAGAAUGUAUAAUUGUUGCCAAUGAUGCCACCAUCAAAGGAGGGACCUACUAUCCCGUGACUGUGAAGAAGCAUUUGCGGGCACAAGAAAUUGCAAUGCAAAACAGGCUCCCCUGCAUCUACUUGGUUGAUUCAGGAGGCGCAAACUUACCUUGGCAAGCAGAAAUAUUUCCAGAUCGAGAUCACUUUGGCCGUAUAUUCUAUAAUCAGGCAAUUAUGUCUUCUCAAAAUAUUGCACAGAUAGCGGUGGUCAUGGGCUCCUGUACGGCAGGUGGUGCUUAUGUGCCUGCAAUGGCUGAUGAAAACAUCAUCGUACGCAAGCAGGGCACCAUUUUCUUGGGAGGACCCCCAUUGGUUAAAGCCGCGACUGGAGAAGAGGUCUCAGCUGAGGAUCUUGGAGGUGCCGAUCUGCACUGCAGAAAGUCUGGAGUAUCCGACUACUAUGCUUUGGAUGAUACUCAUGCCCUUCACAUAACUAGGAAGAUUGUGAGGAAUCUAAAUUAUCAGAAGAAAUUGGAUGUUUCCAUUGAGCCUUCUGAAGAUCCUUUGUUUCCUGCUGAUGAAUUGUAUGGAAUAGUUGGCACUAACCUUAAGAGGAACUUUGAUAUCCGAGAGGUCAUUGCUAGAAUCGUGGAUGGAAGCAGAUUCAAUGAGUUCAAAGCCUUAUAUGGAGACACAUUAGUCACAGGAUUUGCUAGAAUAUUUGGAUACCCUAUAGGUAUCAUUGGAAAUAACGGAGUUCUCUUUUCUGAAUCUGCAAAAAAGGGGGCUCAUUUCAUCCAGUUAUGCUGCCAAAGGAAUAUUCCUCUGCUGUUCCUUCAAAACAUUACCGGAUUUAUGGUUGGUAGAGACUAUGAGGCGGAAGGAAUUGCCAAGGAUGGUGCCAAGAUGGUGGCUGCUGUAGCCUGUGCCAAUGUGCCUAAGAUAACUGUCAUCAUUGGGGGAUCUUAUGGGGCCGGAAACUAUGGGAUGUGUGGCAGAGCAUAUAGCCCAAGAUUCCUCUACCUGUGGCCAAACGCUCGUGUCUCAGUGAUGGGAGGAGAGCAGGCAGCCAAUGUGUUGGCCACAGUAGCAAAGGACCAAAGAGCACGUGAAGGGAAACAAUUCUCCAGUGCGGAUGAAGCAGCUUUAAAAGAGCCAAUCAUUAAGAAGUUUGAAGAGGAAGGAAACCCUUACUAUUCCAGUGCAAGGCUGUGGGAUGAUGGGAUUAUUGAUCCCGUGGACACCAGACUGGUCCUGGGUCUCAGUAUUAGUGCAGCCCUCAAUGCACCAAUCCAGAAGACUGACUUCAGCAUCUUGAGGAUGUAACUGGAGUGUGAAGCAUCUUCCAUCGGAUAUGUAUCAAAAUUGACAUACCAGUAGCCUUAAAAUUUUAGACUUUUCCAACAUGUGGCUAUUAUGGUAAAAUUGUUUUAACACAGUGCAUGAUACUUUUCUACAUUAAACAGAAAUCAGUGAAGAUAUUUAUUUGAUAAACUUCAAUUCCUUGUCUAUUUUCUUCGAGAAACUUUUCUGUGGCUCAGCUUUACCACCCAUAAAAUGAAGAGAAUAACUUAAGUUAUCCUUUCUAACCCACAAGUAGCAUGAAAGUCCCAUAACCUAUACACUCAAGGUAUGUUUGAGAUUAUUAACAGAAAGUCAUUUUUCCUCUGAAAUGAUUGUUUUGCUGAUUACACAUGAUGAUAUUUUAACACACACAAUUUUUAAAAGCAUCAAUUACUCGACUUUUUAGCCACUACUCCUUCCCUUAAUAGUCACACUUGUUGUCUGCAUUUGGGUCUCUCUUUUCUACCCAUUCUCUCUCCAUCCUUCUCCUCAUUGCCUUCCCCUGCCAGUACCCUCUCCAAGGUUUACCUCCAUGUUGCUGAAACCAGUGGGUUCUUUUCUGACUUUAUCUGACUGAAUUCUCUGAAGCAUUCAGUGCACUUGAACACUUCCUCCCCGCAGUGCUGGCCUUAGCUUCUAGAUCGGAACUUUAGGUUUUCUGCCAACCUCUUUGGCCCUUCUUGGUCUGUCUCCCUUGCCCUGCCCCUGUUCCUCUAGUGAUUUCUCUCCUACUCCCUUUACUAUUUGUCCUGAUUUUUCAUUAGCAAAACAUGAAAGUAUCCCCUUGUUCUUUUUUAAAAAACUGUGGUAAAAUACACAGAACAUAAAAUGUAUUGUUUUAACCACUUUUCGGUGUACAGUUCUGUGGCCUUAAGUCCAUUCACAUGGUUGUGCUACCGUCACCACCAUCCAUCUCCAGAACUUUUCAUCAUUCCAAACAGAACGCUGUUAUUAAAUAGUAACUCCCCAUGCCCUCGCUCCCCUCCUCUGGCACUCUGCUCAUUCUUUUUUUUUUUUUUUUUUUUAGUUUUUUAGUUUUUUAAUGUUUUUAUUUGUUUUUGAGAGACAGCGCUCGAGUAUGGGAGGGGCAGAGAGAGAGGGAGACAGAAUCCGAAGCAGGCUCCAGACUCUGAGCUGUCAGCACAGAGCCUGAAGUGGGGCUCGAACUCACGAACUGUGAGAUCAUGACCUGAGCCAAAGUCGGACACUCAACCGACUGAGCCACCCAGGCGCCCCUGCUCAUUCUUAAAUGUGUAUGUUACUCAUGGUUAGGUUUAUUCUCUCUUGGUCAUAUCAGCCCUUCUUAUGGCUUCAGAAGCCAUCUAAAUGCAGAUGAUUCCUGUGUCGACAUUGUUCUCCCUGAGCUCUAGACCUGUGUAUCUUAGGGGUCUACUGGAUGUCUGCACUGGUGGUCUUUUAGGAACCUCAGAUUCAGGCACCAGGGUCAAUUGAUUUUGCCUCCUCACUAUCUCUUAAAUUCCCCAUUAUCUUUGUCUUUCACUUCCAAAGGCCUUAGAAGUGGUCUACCUGCUUCUAGUCUUAGCUAGUCUUGCGUCUCCAUCCCUGUGAGGUAGGAUGACCAUUCUAAGUGCACACCUGGUCAUGCUGCUCCCUUGCUUCAGUGUCUCACGGGUUCCCUGUAGAAGUACUAGACCCCUCAUGCCCUCCAUGAUCGUGACCAUCACAUCCCCUCUUCUGUCUCAUCUCCUUGACUCUUUCCCACACACGGUGCUCCAUCUGUUCUAGACUUCUAGCUCCUUGAACCUACACAGUCCUUCCCACUUUAGGGUCCACCACCUAAUGUUCCCUCUGCCUGUACUUUCUCUGAAGCACUUACCUUUUGUCUCCAUGACUUCUCUGGGCUGGGUUAGACACUAUCUGCUCUUGAAAAGCACCAACCAUUUUCUCUAUCUUAGGUAUUUAUGAGAAACGUAAAUAUUUCUUUAAUAUUGCCUUCCUGCUAGACUGUAAGCUCCCUGAGAGCAAGGAUCUCCUGUUUAGCCUGCAUCUCCAUUCCCUAGCACUUGGAGAUGCUCACAUGUUUAUUGAAUGGUUGAAAAAGCCAAAUUUUAAUUGAUGUCCUCAGGCCACAUUAAAAUUAAGUGACUGAUUAAAUGAUAUAAUACAACUAUCAAAUGGUUUCCUAAUAAAAUUAAUAUUUCA